CUCUGUAGCUAAAGUUAGCUAGCAAGCUGUCAAGCUGUCAAGUGGAGAGGCUGGGACAAACGUUUCAGCUUCCCCCUGGCUUGGCCGCACAAAACUCGGCCUAUAAAUUCCCUAGAAAACCUUUUAGAAUAUACUUUAGAUCGCCAGCUGAGAUAAUGUAAUUCAUCAGGGGCGUACGCAAAGAGGGACCUCCGCAUUUAUACAAAUUAUAUGCACUGAGUCUUGAGUGACGACUGCUCAUUGCUAGCUAACUGGCUAGCUAGCCUAGCUAAACCACCGCAAACAGCCAAGUUUCGUCGGUGUACCCGUUCUGGUGCAAACCACAACUAGUCAGCCCUGGUCACUGAGGCAGAUUUCGUUCCUGGUGUAUUGGAAAUUUGGUUUUAAGAGGGACACAAUGGGGGCAUUUCUGGAUAAACCAAAGAUGGAAAAAUACAAUUCCCACGGUGAGGGUAACAGCCUAAGGUAUGGUCUGAGCAGUAUGCAGGGCUGGCGAGUAGAGAUGGAAGAUGCACACACAGCAGUAAUUGGUCUGCCUCAUGGUCUUGACCUCUGGUCAUUCUUUGCUGUUUAUGAUGGGCAUGCUGGCUCUCAGGUCGCCAAGUACUGCUGUGAGCACCUGCUGGAGCACAUCACCAGCAACUCAGACUUCCAGAGUGCUCUACAGGAGGACCCCUGUGUAGAUAGUGUGAAGAAUGGUAUUCGCACAGGAUUCCUGCAGAUUGAUGAACACAUGCGAACCAUCUCAGAGAAGAAGCAUGGUGUGGACCGCAGUGGAUCUACUGCAGUAGGUGUGAUGAUUUCUCCAACCCAUGUCUAUUUUAUCAACUGUGGCGACUCACGGGGACUCCUCAGCCGGGGUGGAGCGGUGCAUUUCUUCACACAGGAUCACAAACCCAAUAACCCCCUGGAGAAGGAAAGGAUCCAGAAUGCCGGAGGUUCAGUCAUGAUCCAGCGAGUUAACGGGUCCCUAGCCGUGUCGCGGGCUCUGGGAGACUUCGACUACAAGUGUGUGCAUGGGAAAGGUCCGACAGAGCAGCUUGUCUCUCCUGAGCCAGAAGUUUAUGCAAUAGAGAGAUGCGAGGGGGAAGAUGAAUUCAUUAUACUAGCAUGUGAUGGCAUCUGGGAUGUCAUGGCCAAUGAAGAACUGUGUGACUUUGUCAGGUCAAGGCUAGAGGUGACUGAUGAUCUUGAACGAGUCAGCAAUGAAAUUGUUGACACCUGCUUGUACAAGGGAAGCCGAGACAAUAUGAGUGUUGUGUUAGUCUGUUUUCCUGGGGCCCCAAAAGUAUCACCAGAAGCAGUGAAACGGGAGGCAGAGCUGGAUAAAUACCUGGAAUCCAGAGUAGAAGAGAUCAUCAAAAAGCAGGGUGAUGAAGGAGUCCCAGAUUUGGUUCAUGUAAUGCGGACGUUAGCGUCUGAGAGCAUCCCUAACCUCCCUCCUGGAGGCGAGCUGGCAAGCAAACGAAGUGUUAUUGAAGCGGUAUACAACAAACUCAACCCUUACCGAAGUGAUGACACAGACUCUGCGUCCACAGACGACAUGUGGUAACACAACCUCCUACCACUAACACAGCAUAGAGUUUACAAACCACCAUCCUCUCAAGACCCACAGCAGCUCAGCUCAGCAGUCUGUCUCUCCGUCACUCUGAGCUAUUGGUUUCUAAGAAGGGAAUUUCAUGGGAGGAGGAGGAAGAGGAGGAAGAGGAGUUGCAUGCACACAAACCUGGAAUAGUGCAGCACCAGUCCACUCUGGAGUUCAGGAUCCCCACCGUCUUGUGUCCCAUUUAUGUUCAGCCACCUUAAUACUCUCCUCUAAAGUAAUCCAUAACAAGUGAGUCCUCAAGGUUUUCUUUCUUUUUGUUAAAUAAUCAGCUUAAGUAGUAAGAUUUUUUGCUGUAAUUAAUUUGAUUCACAUUUCCUUGUGUGUGUGUUUGUAUAUUUCUGUUUUUGUGAAGUGCAAUUGUCCUGUACAAACAGCCUGUAUUUAAUGCAGCUUGAUUUUAAGUUAAAAAAUGAAAGAAAUGAAAAAGAGAACCUUUUAUGCACUAUCUGCCUUUUCCUGCUCUUCUGGAAUUCUAACAAAUGUCUAUUCAGUGAAUAUUACUGCUUGUCCUCCAGGCACAACGUCUCUGUGCUUUUACUUUUCUUUAAUAUUUUUUUUUUUUUUUUUUUUUUUCAGUUAGUCUAUGCUCCUUUAAGAAACGGGUAAAUUGUAUAGUUGACAGCACAGUAAGCUCUCUAUAUCACACCAUUUAAAUCCAAAUUAUUUUUUCCCUGUGCUUUUUUUUUUUUUUUUUUUAAUUGUAUUUUAUUUUUGUAAGUGAUUUUCUGUACAUGCUCAUAAUAAUGGUUUCUCAGUCAUUUUGGAAGUGUGAAGUGAAAAAAAUGACCUUUUUCAUUUCUUCAAGGCAUCUGAUAAAAAAAACGACAAAAAAAACCCCACCCCCCUGUUAACACGUUUGUCUGUGCAAAUAGAUAAUUGCCAGCGUGCGUGGGUGCUUGUGUGUAUGUAAGUGCGCACGUGUGUUUGUGUAAAGGCAGAUCCAUAUGUGCAGCGCAGUUUCAACAAUGAAACAAUUAAAAUUUGCUAAGGUGAUCCAGACACCACACCAGGCUGGAGUUUUAAGGGAACUGCUGUCCCAAAGGUUAUCCAUUCAUUUGCCCUUUUUCAGCCAGUGUUUCAUAUCAUGAUAGGCUCUCACUAAGUGUUGAUAGCAGGGUUUACAUGCUGUUACGCUAUUUGAACAAUUUAAAGCUAUAUAUCAGAACUAUACCAAUCCUGAGAUGACACAAGUAGCUCAAUUUACCCAUGGUGCACAGUGGUUUGCAGCUAAUUCACCCAUUUAUGGUGUCAUAUUAAAAUAUCAGUUUCAUUAUAUGCGUUGUCACCAGUGCCCAUUGUGGGUGCCAUAUGAUAUAUGAUCACUUGUUUCAGCUUUAUGACAGCCUAUGCCAAGUUUUUUUUUUCUUUCAUGAGAUUCAGUUUUUGUAUGUGGUACAGAUAGAAUUUUAGCUUUUACUUUUAACAUUAUCUGAUCAUCUGACUGAUGUGAACAGUUUAAGCACUGACUAUUUUAGACAAAAUCACUCAUUACCAGUCGGACGAUAGGAGAAACUGCUGACUCUUAAACCUCCAAGAUUAAUACACAGGCUUUUUAUUUGGACAUUCAGACCAAGAACAAAACCGCUAUCUGCAAUGAGUUUUCAUGGUUGUAUAGCACCUUUUCAUUCCCAUUGGUUUCCCUCUGCUUAAAACCUUCCCUCCCCCCCGAGCACCACAAGCUGAGCACAAUACAGUUUGCUGCUAUAGUGUAUGAUCUGUGGGUUGAUUUCUAUUUCUUUUCUCUUUUCAGUUAAUUUUCCCUUUGUAAAGAUUAAUAGUCACUGACUAAAUCUGUAUUUAACACACAGUAGAUAUUUUUCUUGAAAAGAAAUGGUUUUAUUUCAGAUUUAUUUUCUGCCUUUUUUUUUUUUUUUUUGUCUAAAAUUGCAUUGUUGGAAAUUUAUGUAUGUAUAUAUUUUUGACUUAAACUUUAAAGGAAUAAAUCAUGUCGCUUGAGCUAGUUUUUUUGCCAUGGACAAAACGUGAUUCUGGUUUGUCUUGGGAUGCAAACAAAGGUAAUAACUCUAAAUCACUGUGGUGUGUCUGUUCUCCACUGAGGGUGUGAACAGGUUUUAUUAUAGAACACACAAGUGAUGUACUAAAUUAUCAAAAUGACAAUCCUAACUAUUUCACUGCAUUUGGGUUUGUGGUAUGUACUGAAUUUUCACAAAUGUAUAACUACAAUCUUGAGUUAGCUGCUUUUUAAAUGUGCUUUGUGGCAAAAAGGGCCAAAGACCACUCAGAUAUUGUAAUUGCCUAAAAGCAUAUAUAUAAUCUAGUAAUUAACAUUUUAUUAAGGAAAGACUGAUUAACUUGGCAGAAGAUCUUAAAAGUAUGCAGCCUUUGGUGUUCACUUUAUUUUUUUUAGGUUUGUAAUCGGUGCUGCUUAAAGAUCCCUACGGAGUUUUGACCACUGGUGAGACUGUAGAGACGUGUUCUGGUGACACAUGAUCCACAUUUUAGCUGAUUGCAAGGGCAGUAAUGUGGAUAUAAACAGUUAGUGGUGGUUAUUUGGCAUGAACACACCACUCCACCAGUGAAUUAAAAGACACUGAUGUAGACAGUGAAGUGCAGUGAAAAACAAGAUAAAGGUAAACGCAUGCAGAAUACAUCAGAUAUGCCAAGAGACACUGAAUAUCAGCUCCAUUGGGUGUCUUUAAACAACCACAGUCACCCUGCUAACACACAAAGAACAACCAGUCAUGAAUAGUAAACUACUGAAGUGGCAUCCUAUUGAGUGACUGUAAACAAAUCUUUAACAAAUGGGGAAAUUGACUGCAGUCGUCGGAAUGAAAAUAUAGUCAAACAUUCACUCGAACAGCACAAACUAAACCGCGAAACAUUGAGUCUGUUAAUUACACAGUAUUGUAUUGCCUCCACACUUAACUGAAAACUCUCUGAAACAAGUUUGGCCAUGUCGGGUUAAAGAAAAAACUUGCUAGUGUGUUUAUAAACGCCUUUUUUUUAUUUGGCUGAGCAGUUUGUAUUUCUGUAAUAUUUAAUUUUUGCUGCGCUGCUUGAACUUCACUAAAUGUCUCUCUUUACCAGUCCUCUAGUCGCAGCUGCUUGUUGCAAUCCUGUAAGUGUUGAUCUUAAGGUGACAUUUCAUGCUAUUUUUCUUCAAGCUAAAUAAGGAACAAGCAUACUGUGUUUAUUUUGCAACUUGGGGCCAUUGUGUAAUCUUAGAUAACCCUCACACCCUCAGACUGCCCUGCACUUGCCCCUUGUGAAUUCUGCAGUUCCCAUCGUGGUGGCCCUUAAACAAUGCUGGUUAAUGAAGCUUUUCAGUUCUUUCACCCCCUGAAAACAACUAAUGUAGACUUUAAUAUUCAGAAUUGCUGUAGGUGGAAUGUUUAGCAGAUAUUGAAAGUGGCUUAGCUGUGAUUUGUCACAUCUGGGUGUCUCUACUUUUUAUGUAAACUAUCCAUCCCAACGUAAAAUGAACAAAAAAUAUAUCCAUUUAUCUUUUAAUUUUUCAUGAAACUGAAAUACCUCAUGACAUUUAUCAGAAGUGUUUUUACUUCAUUUUUUUUCUUUUCUUUUCUUUUCUUGGUCUUGUAUUUUGUAGAUCCCCACUGUUCCGAAAGCAGUUUAACGGAGACUGACUUUUAAAAGAGCAGAGUUUCUUGUGGUUGUCCCCCAAAACUUCUGAUUUGUUUCGGAAUAUGUCUGUGCCCAUGAAAGUAUUUGACUGAACUAUUCUAACAUUAACAAAAAAAAAAAGUAAUGGUCAAUGAGUGACUACUGCAAAUUAUUUUAGUAAUUAGAAGCACUAUUGGCCUUUUUAUAGAAGCAGACCCCCACACACACAGUACCCAUAUAUUAUUAGCAACUUCUCCACUUGUGUGAUGCUCGAAAAUCUUGAGAUGUGUUAAAAAUUGAAAGGUUCUAGAAAUGUGAGAUGUGUGAUGUAAUAGGUGUAACUAGAUGACAGUCAAAUGCACUGAUCUGUAUAAUCAGCUUUUUCCUCAGAAAAAUUAUUGUAGAAAACAGAUUAUAAAGCUAUUUACGGAGUUACCUUUGGUUGCCCGGAAUGCAUCCUGUAUAUUGUUGUACAGAAAACUACCUGGCAGAUGUGGAAGAGAUUUUUUCUUGCGCCCUCUUGUUGUGGCGUCUACUGUGUGACCCUUAGCAGUGGUGGUUUAUUUGUCCCCUUAUCGGGUGACCUGAGCAUCACUUAGCUGACCUUUCUCAGCUCAUAAAUAAGCUCACCGAUUUGCCUUACCCAGUCUCAUAAUGCCCCCUAAAGUACUUGUUCAAUACAAACACUAUGAGGUGUAACGCUGCUGCUGCCGUUCCACUCUUGUAGGCUCAAAAAUGUCUCCAUGUUAGGGUACUUAAGCUAUCAACAAAGUGACUUUGUCCUGGUUUUCACAAGGUACAACAUUUAGAACAUUAAUGGUGUGUAUGCUCUUUGUUUUUCUUUCCAUAUGAACCCUUUUGAGUCUUGAUCUUGAAAGCAUAUUUAAUUUUUCACUGCAGAUGAUGUCAUACUUUUAACAAAUGCAAGUGUUUUAACAUGGUAACCUUGUACGCAUUCGAAAUGUGCAUACAUACAUUCAUGUCGGCUAUAUUUAUGAUUACAUUCAGAAAUAGCUUUAGAGUGCUGUAGAUAAGUAUUGUCAUUGUUGAUUCAAAUGCUUCUCAGAGGCCUCUGUGAGUGAUUUUACAAAGUUCAAUAACUGUAUAUUUUGUAUUAUGUUUUAGCUCCAAAGGAAUGGCAGAAAAAAAGAAAAUGUUUAAAAAAGCUUUGUUCCCUGAACUAAAUUGUACUAUUUGUGUUGUCGAUUGAACAAAUUGCAUUCCUUGCUUGUGAAUUGAUGCAUUUCUCUCCCUGCUCCUUAAAUUUUCUCUCCUUUUUUCCCCUCCUUUCUUUCAUUUUUUAGCCUUUGAAUAAAAUUUCUAGUUUGCAGAAUGUAUUACUAAAUAAAUGGGUUGUCAUCUUGUA